AUGGCGGCAAUCACAGACGGCGGAUCACAGCCAGUGACAGCGCUUUACGUGGGUGACCUCGAUCCGAACGUGACCGAGUCCGGGUUAAAAGAGGUGUUCGGCCAAAAGGGAGACGUGAUGUCGGUUAAAAUUUGCAUGGACCAUACUACCGAGCGGUCACUUGGAUAUGGUUAUGUUAAUUUUAGUAACCCUCAAGAUGCUGCGAGAGCCUUGAAGGAGCUGAACUUCACUAAUCUAAAUGGAAAACCUAUCCGAAUAUCAUAUUCUAAUCGAGACUCGAGCUCACGUAGUAGUAGUGCUGCAAAUAUAUUUGUUAAGAAUUUGGACAUAGCAAUUGAUAACAAGGUACUCUAUGGGAUAUUUUCUGUAUUUGGGAACAUAGUUUCGUCCAAAGUUGAAACAGAUACGUCUGGUCAGUCUAAGGGCUAUGGUUUCGUGCAAUAUGAUACCGAGGAAGCUGCCCAAGCAGCUAUUAAACAGAAUGGCAUGUUAUUGAAUGGCAAGAAAGUCUAUGUAGGACAUUUUGUUAGCAAGCAAGAAAGAGAGAACAAGACAAAUUUUACCAAUGUGUUUGUAAAGAAUUUGUCUGAAUCAAUAAGUGAAGAAGAUCUGAAGAAAAUAUUUGGUGAAUUUGGAUCGAUUACCAGUAUAGCGGUGAUGAGGGAUGAAGAUGGAAAUUCGAAAUGCUUUGGAUUUGUGAACUUUGAGAAUGCUGAGGAUGCUGUUAAAUGUGUUGAAUCUCUUAAUGGUAAGAAAUUUGAUGACAAGGAAUGGUAUGUUGGACGAGCCAAAAAGAAAUCAGAGAGGGAACGUGAAUUAAGACUCCAACUUGAGCAGGCUGAGAAAGAGGCACGUGAAAGAUCGUUAGGAUUAAGCAACCUCUAUAUCAAGAAUCUAGAUGACAGCAUUGACGAUGAUAAGCUUAAGGAAUUGUUUUCUCAAUUUGGUGUUGUAACAUCAUGCAAGGUUAACUGUGAUGCAAAAGGGAUAACAAAAGGCUCAGGCUUUGUUGCAUUCUCGACUCGUGAAGAGGCUUCCAAAGCAAUCUCGGAAAUGAAUAAGAAGAUGAUUGGUAGCAAACCUCUUUAUGUUGCUAUUGCAGAAAGGAAGGAAGUUAGAACAGCAAGGUUACAGGCUCAAUUCUCUCAGAUGCAGCCAAGUACUCCAGUCACUCCACAUAUGCCAAUGUACACUCCUGGUAGUCCUGGACCGGGGCAACAGAUAUACUAUGGACAUACUGGACCUUCUAUAAUUUCUCCUAUGUUUGUUCAGGGCAUGAGACCUAUUGGGUCAUUCAUGCCAAAUCUGGUUCAGCCAGGACAGCCAGGGUUGUACCCCAGUGGCAGACGCUCCAGUGUCGACUCUGUACAGCAGAGCCUACAGCCAUUUCCAGUGAUGCAGCAACAGGUGAUUUCAAGGGGACGUGCGUAUCGAUAUCCUCAGCCUAAUGUUUCUGUGCAAGGUGUCUCUGGACUAGACAGGUUUGCCCUUCCACGUGACAUAGGCAGCCCUCAACUGCGUGAUGUGCGGAUUUCUCAGAGAAUUCCAGUUCAAACUUUGGCUUCUGCCCUUGCAAAUGCGCCCCCUUCAGAACACAGGAUGAUGUUGGGUGAGAAUUUAUAUCCACUUAUCCAUCAGUUGGAGCCUGAAUCAGCAGCUAAGGUGACCGGCAUGCUUUUGGAAAUGGACCAAACAGAGGUUUUACACUUGAUGGAGUCACCAGACGCGCUUAAAGCCAAGGUUGCAGAGGCUAUGCAGGUCCUGAGGAAUGCGCCUCAGCAUGAGGCUAGCAGCCUGGAUGAACAGGUCGCACCAUUGACAUUGAAUGAAUAG